UCGUUUUAUACAAAGACAUGAUUUUCAUGAUUAGACUAAGCUUGCUAGGCCUUUUACUCGUCUAUGGAGCUCAGUGCUAUGCUAGGAACAUGCCCAAAGCUGAGAUCCGAAGUACUCAUCUUGAACUAGACGAUUACGGUAGAACGGGGCCUAAUCCCAGACAUGAUCCACACCAUCCUUCUCCUUCUCGUCCACCUCACGAUAUCCAAAAUAUUCAGUUCGAAAUAGACGAUUAUGGAAAACCAGGGUCAAAUCCCAAACAUGAUCCACACCAUCCUCCUUCUCAUCCACCUCUCGAUAUCCAAAAUAUUCAGCUCGAAAUAGACGAUUAUGGUAAACCAGGGUCAAAUCCCAAACAUGAUCCACACCAUCCUCCUUCUCGCCCACCUCUAGAUAUCCAAAAUAUUCAACUUGAAAUAGACGAUUAUGGUAAACCAGGGUCAAAUCCCAAACAUGAUCCACACCAUCCUCCUUCUCGUCCACCUCUAGAUAUCCAAAAUAUUCAGCUUGAAAUAGACGAUUAUGGUAAACCAGGGUCAAAUCCCAAACAUGAUCCACACCAUCCUCCUUCUCGCCCACCUCUCGUGAAAUCGAAGAUAAAAUGAAGGUGCUGCCUCAGAAUCUUCAAAUGUUCCUUGAGUUCAAUAGUUUUUUUUUUAUGAAUAAAUCACAUGAUUUUCAAUGUAUUUUAUGGACAUGGCUCAAGUCAACAUUAAAAAUAUUAUUAUGUGAAAAAAUUAGCCAUGUACUUAUAUGAAACUUUUAAUAAAUGGAAAAUUCAGAGUGUAAGUUGUACUAAGAAUAAAAAAAAUUUAAAAAAAUCCUCAAUACAAUUUCCCUUCGAAUUUUAAUAAA